AGAAGGCACCUAAACUAGAAAAGUUAGACACGUAGAGUAGUUCACGGUUUCACUUAAAAAAAACCAUACACAUCACACAACACCUCAAACCUUAAUCUUUUUUUCCCAACUUCUUCCUCUUUCUAUAUUAUCUCUACCUAGCUAGCUGCAUUUAUUUUCACUAACCCCAUGACUCAACACUUUUCUAUUUAACCCAACUCACUUUUCUCAUUCAUUUCUCUCAUAUUAUUCAUUCAUCUUUCACGUUUCCUUCAUCCAACAUGGGAGGUAUCAGCCUCGAAGAGAUUAAAAAUGAAAGCGUCGAUCUUGAACGGAUUCCAAUAGACGAGGUGUUUGAGCAGCUAAAAUGUUCAAGACAAGGUCUGACAUCAGAAGAAGGAGCCAACAGGCUUCAAGUCUUUGGACCAAACAAAUUGGAAGAGAAAAAAGAGAGCAAGUUUUUGAAGUUUUUGGGUUUUAUGUGGAAUCCUUUAUCAUGGGUUAUGGAAGCUGCUGCUAUCAUGGCCAUUGCUUUGGCUAAUGGAAGUGGAAGGCCCCCUGAUUGGCAAGACUUUGUCGGAAUCAUUGCUUUGUUAGUCAUCAAUUCCACAAUCAGUUUCAUUGAAGAAAACAAUGCCGGCAAUGCCGCCGCUGCUCUCAUGGCUGGUUUAGCUCCCAAAACCAAGGUACUAAGAGAUAGUAGAUGGAGUGAACAAGAUGCUGCAAUUUUAGUACCAGGAGACAUAAUCAGCAUCAAGUUAGGAGAUAUUGUUCCAGCUGAUGCGCGUCUUCUUGAGGGAGAUCCUUUGAGCAUAGAUCAGUCUGCUUUAACAGGAGAAUCACUUCCUGUAACAAAGAGUUCAUCGGACGAAGUGUUUUCAGGUUCGACGGUUAAGAAGGGUGAGAUUGAAGCAGUUGUUAUUGCUACUGGUGUGCAUACUUUUUUCGGUAAAGCGGCUCAUUUGGUUGAUAGUACUAAUCAAGUUGGACACUUUCAGAAAGUGCUUACAGCAAUUGGAAACUUCUGCAUUUGUUCAAUCGCUAUUGGAAUAUUGGUUGAGCUUAUAGUGAUGUAUCCGAUACAACACCGCAAGUAUAGAGAUGGAAUCGACAAUCUUUUGGUGCUUUUGAUUGGUGGAAUUCCAAUUGCAAUGCCAACUGUUUUGUCUGUCACUAUGGCUAUUGGUUCUCAUAGGCUUUCACAGCAAGGUGCAAUUACAAAAAGAAUGACAGCUAUUGAGGAAAUGGCUGGAAUGGAUGUUCUUUGCAGUGAUAAAACUGGAACUCUCACUCUGAAUAAGCUUAGUGUUGAUAGAAACUUGAUUGAAGUGUUUGCCAAGGGAAUUGAGAAGGAAUAUGUGAUGCUUUUAGCAGCAAGAGCUUCUAGGACUGAAAAUCAAGAUGCUAUAGAUGCUGCAAUAGUUGGAAUGCUUGCUGAUCCUAAAGAGGCAAGAGCUGGUAUAAGGGAGGUGCAUUUUCUACCAUUCAAUCCUGUAGACAAGAGGACUGCUCUUACAUAUAUCGAUUCCGAUGGAAAAUGGCAUCGAGCGAGCAAAGGAGCUCCUGAGCAGAUAAUAAACCUGUGCAAUUGCAAAGAAGAUGUCAGGAAAAAAGUUCAUGCAGUGAUUGAUAAGUUUGCGGAGCGUGGACUUCGAUCUUUAGGUGUUGCAAGACAAGAGGUACCUGAGAGAACAAAAGAUAGUCCUGGUGGACCAUGGCAAUUUGUCGGUCUGCUACCGUUGUUUGAUCCUCCAAGGCAUGAUAGUGCUGAAACAAUUAGAAGAGCACUUAACCUUGGUGUGAAUGUUAAGAUGAUUACUGGGGAUCAGCUUGCCAUUGGAAAGGAAACUGGUAGAAGGCUUGGAAUGGGAACAAACAUGUAUCCAUCGUCUGCUUUGCUUGGUCAAGACAAAGAUUCUUCUAUUUCGGCUCUUCCAGUUGACGAGUUGAUCGAGAAGGCUGAUGGAUUUGCAGGAGUAUUUCCAGAGCACAAAUACGAAAUCGUCAAGAGGCUGCAAGAGAAGAAGCAUAUAUGUGGAAUGACAGGAGAUGGUGUAAACGAUGCUCCUGCGUUAAAGAAAGCCGAUAUCGGAAUUGCAGUUGCUGAUGCUACAGAUGCUGCUAGAAGUGCUUCUGAUAUUGUCCUCACUGAACCCGGUCUUAGUGUCAUUAUUAGCGCUGUGCUCACCAGCCGAGCGAUUUUUCAAAGGAUGAAGAAUUAUACUAUUUAUGCUGUGUCAAUCACCAUCCGUAUUGUGUUCGGUUUUAUGUUUAUUGCGUUGAUCUGGAAGUUUGAUUUUGCACCCUUCAUGGUUUUGAUUAUUGCCAUUCUAAAUGAUGGUACCAUUAUGACAAUAUCAAAGGAUAGAGUGAAACCAUCUCCACUACCUGAUAGUUGGAAACUGAGGGAGAUAUUUGCUACUGGUGUUGUCCUAGGAAGUUACAUGGCACUAAUGACAGUAGUAUUUUUCUGGGCGAUGAAAGAUACCAACUUCUUUUCGAACAAGUUUGGUGUGAGGCCUAUAAGACAUAAUCCUGAUGAGAUGAUGGCGGCUUUAUAUCUACAAGUUAGUAUAAUAAGCCAAGCACUAAUUUUUGUAACUAGAUCACGCAGUUGGUCUUUCGCCGAAAGACCUGGUCUUCUCCUACUUGGUGCUUUUCUCAUUGCUCAACUGAUUGCAACAUUUAUAGCAGUGUAUGCUAAUUGGGGAUUUGCAAGAAUAAAGGGAAUGGGAUGGGGUUGGGCUGGUGUGAUUUGGUUGUAUAGCUUGGUAACUUAUAUCCCUCUUGAUUUACUCAAAUUCGCAAUCCGCUAUUUUCUAAGCGGGAAGGCUUGGGAUAAUCUUUUGGAAAAUAAGACUGCCUUCACUACAAAGAAAGACUAUGGAAAAGAAGAGAGGGAAGCACAAUGGGCGGCUGCGCAGAGAACACUUCACGGUCUUCAGCCUCCGGAAGCCUCCAACGUUUUCAAUGAAAAGAAUAGCUAUAGAGAACUUUCGGAGAUUGCGGAGCAAGCCAAGAGACGUGCUGAAGUUGCAAGGCUUAGGGAGGUUCAUACUCUCAAGGGACAUGUAGAAUCAGUGGUGAAGCUGAAGGGACUAGAUAUUGAUACAAUUCAGCAGCACUACACAGUUUAA